AUGUUCACGGUUUCAACAGGCACUUCAUACUUUCAACAGGAAAUUCAGAUGAGAAGUAGAGGCGCCCUUGCGCUCACGAAUUUAACAAGAGAACUCGAUAUGUUUGAUAUAAAUCGGACUAAAUUGCCACUUUUGAACAUUGCUUCGUCCGAAAGCAUAGGAACGAUCGAUAAUAUGACCUCGUGCACUUUAUUCAGGAUUGGAGUGAGGAAAGGAGUUGUAUACAUCACGGGCGCAAUGCGGCGUAGAGGUGAUGGCAGGGAAAGUUACCGUCAUAAAUUAGUCGGUCAGACGUCGUCGCGGGGUCAUAAAAGCCCGGACAACCAAAAGCUUAGAAGACGUGAAGCGAUAAUAUGUUACCAAUGCAACAGCGAGUACGACCCCAGAUGUGGCGACCCAUUAGAUACGUACACUUUGGGGACUGUAAACUGCAGCUUUCAGCCUCGUCUGGAGCACCUCAGUCACUUGGAGCCUACCCUUUGCCGAAAAAUCAGUCAAAAAGUGUACGGCAAGGAGAGGGUCGUCCGCAGCUGCGGCUACAUCACGGACGCCGAGAAGGACAACGGCGAGUGCCUUAUGAAGACCGGCACCCACGAUGUGCGCGCUAUAUACUGCUCGUGCACCGGUGAUCUGUGCAACUCCGUCGAGAGUCUCCGUACGCCGUCCCUACUGCCACUGGCGUCCCUUCUGACUGCCGUAUUGGCGACACCGAGUCUGCUCCUAUCGUGCCCGAUCGUGCCGUCUCGUAUCUCCCUCUCAGCAGCCUAAUUCUGCCUAGUUGUUCUUCAAGUCGCACCCUGAGAAUCUGAGAUUCCAUCCCCGGCCCGUCGUCGCGCCGCACGGACCGUUCGUAUACCUUGGAUUCACUCCUCAUUCCGUUAUAUUGAUCGAUCGAACGCCGGUCGAUCGUUAUUGUCAAUUUCCCUACUAGCUACAAUUUCCCCGAUCGUAAGAAGAUUGCGAGAAGAUCACGAAAAUAUCUUAUUCUUUGUUUGAUGGAUCACCCGAUCCUUAGAUAAGGGUUCGAUACAGCCAAAAUACUUAAGAUUUGGAUCGAUGACUUUGGAAUAAUUAGAGAUACUUCAAUUAAAAGCGAUAAGUAACCUUAGUUAGACGCAACGUAGUGAUUUCAAAAUGAGUUAGAGUAAUAAGUAUGAUUGAUCGUGAUGGAUAAGUGAAAUAAUGGAUUGCGAAAGAAUGGCUGUAUCGUUCGCUGCUGAGGAAAAGAAGUCGUUAUUCCGACUUUAAGCCUAUAUCAACAAUUAUACCGGCUUUCGGCCUAAUUAAAUAGCGCCAGACAAUUGAGGCACGUCAAUCUUCACGCCGCCAACGAAGGGAACUUCGCACCCAAGCAAUAUUGAAUUUUUCCUUCACUUGCUCCGAAGCAGCUGGCUAUUCGAAUUAUACAACGAAUCCGAUGCGUCGCCCCCCUGUAUUUCUCAGGAAUCGAGAUCGGCUUCUCAACGCGAGUUUCGAAAAUCCCGAUUUCUCGCGCACUUGCAUUCACAAGGGCCUUUUUGAUAAUCGUUCUGAAGAACGAAGGACGACAUUCCGCUAACUUCUCGUAGAUAAUUUCAAAUUUUCGUCGCUAAUGAAGAGAUUUUAGAUUUUAAUCGACCCCUCGGAUGGCGUCUUCGGCUGCGAACGGUCCGUAAUGUAGCCAGAUUAAUUAACGUAGCGUAACGGUGAUAACUGCCAGAUGCGCGAGGGCGACACUUCAGUAGUAUACAUAUCUCUGCGAAGAAAAAAAAAACAAGAGAAAACG